GCGUUUCAAGAUGUCGAUCGAGAUCGAGUCCUCCGAUGUGAUCCGGCUGAUCAUGCAGUACCUGAAGGAGAACAGCCUGCACCGGGCCCUCGCCACGCUCCAGGAAGAGACGACCGUCUCCCUCAACACCGUGGACAGCAUUGAGAGCUUCGUGGCCGACAUCAACAGCGGGCACUGGGACACGGUGCUGCAGGCCAUACAGUCGCUGAAGCUGCCCGACAAGACCCUUAUCGACCUCUACGAGCAGGUUGUGCUGGAGCUAAUUGAGCUCCGGGAGCUGGGUGCUGCCAGGUCCCUCCUCAGGCAGACAGAUCCCAUGAUCAUGCUGAAGCAGACUCAGCCAGAGCGGUACAUCCACCUUGAAAACCUUCUGGCCAGAUCUUACUUUGAUCCUCGUGAGGCAUAUCCUGAUGGAAGCAGCAAAGAAAAGCGGAGAGCUGCUAUUGCACAAGCUUUAGCUGGAGAGGUCAGCGUGGUGCCUCCAUCUCGUCUUAUGGCAUUGCUGGGGCAGGCACUGAAGUGGCAACAGCAUCAGGGCCUGCUUCCUCCUGGGAUGACAAUUGACUUGUUCAGAGGCAAAGCAGCUGUGAAAGAUGUAGAAGAAGAAAAGUUCCCCACACAGCUAAGCAGACAUAUAAAGUUUGGGCAGAAGUCCCACGUGGAGUGUGCUCGGUUUUCACCUGAUGGUCAGUAUCUGGUCACUGGCUCAGUGGAUGGUUUCAUUGAAGUAUGGAACUUCACUACUGGGAAGAUUCGGAAGGAUCUGAAAUACCAGGCACAAGAUAAUUUUAUGAUGAUGGAUGAUGCAGUGUUGUGCAUGUGCUUCAGCAGAGACACAGAAAUGCUAGCAACUGGAGCACAGGAUGGAAAGAUCAAGGUGUGGAAAAUCCAGAGUGGUCAGUGCCUGCGGAGGUUUGAACGAGCCCACAGUAAAGGUGUUACGUGCCUCAGUUUUUCUAAGGACAGCAGCCAAAUUCUUAGCGCUUCUUUUGAUCAGACAAUCAGGAUUCAUGGUUUAAAAUCUGGCAAAACUUUAAAAGAAUUCCGUGGCCAUUCCUCCUUUGUCAAUGAAGCUACUUUUACCCAGGAUGGUCACUAUAUUAUCAGCGCAUCCUCUGAUGGCACAGUGAAGGUUUGGAAUGUGAAGACGACAGAGUGCUCAAACACCUUCAAAUCUCUUGGCAGCACAGCAGGAACAGACAUUACUGUCAACAGUGUCAUUCUGCUGCCUAAAAACCCAGAACACUUUGUUGUUUGCAACAGAUCAAAUACAGUCGUCAUUAUGAACAUGCAGGGUCAGAUUGUAAGAAGUUUUAGCUCUGGUAAGAGAGAAGGUGGUGACUUUGUCUGCUGUGCGCUUUCUCCUCGUGGUGAAUGGAUCUACUGUGUCGGUGAAGAUUUUGUGCUCUAUUGCUUUAGCACAGUGACUGGCAAGCUGGAGAGGACACUGACAGUUCACGAGAAAGAUGUCAUCGGCAUUGCUCAUCACCCUCACCAGAACCUGAUUGCCACUUACAGUGAAGAUGGCCUCCUCAAGCUCUGGAAGCCCUAACUUGAUUUCACAACAACCUGUGAAGUGUGCCUGUUGUUUGCAGGGUGUUGACAUUUGUACUUUUGCAAGGUCUAAAUGAACAGAGCAUGAUAGUUGCUCAAUUUUAAGUUCAGUUUUACAGACAAUAACAUUUCUAUUUCUUGGUCAGAAGUUAGCUAGAUUUAUGCUAGGUACAGCAUCAGUUGAUUUCAAAUACUCCUAUUUUUAACAGAUUAGCCAAAGCAACUUCUGUGCGAAUGAUUGCUCAAUCUCCUGAAGUGUGUACUCAUAAGCUCUUCAUAAAAGUGAAUGAGCUAGAAAUUAAACAUACAACAGGUUACCAGAAUACAGGACAGUACUUUUUUUUUUCAGUCAAUGAUAUGGGGAUAAGAAGGCUUUAAAUGAUAUGGGGAUAAGAAGGCUUCCUACUUUCUACUGCUGAAAUGAAAGCAGUUUUCCUGGGAUGUAGAUAGAAUACUCUGUCCUCUGCUUGAUGACAGAAGCUUUUCUAGUCCAAUAUGUUUUGCUGUGUUUCAUUUUCAUUAUGCGUAGUCAUAUAGCUUCCUCAGAAUAAAACACUUUUUUCUUCCCAAUUUCAUAGGUUGUUCCUUUAUAAAACUGCCUGAUGUGGCAGUGAAAUGUAUUUUGGUUUCUACUUGAUAUUUGUCAUUUGUUUUCAUUUGCUUUCAGGCUAGAAGGAAUUAUCUGGGUGUAUACUGUCUUCAGACCAGUUUUAACUAAAAUAGGCCUCAGGAUCAGCAUUCUAAAACAGGCCUGCUUUACACAGACCAAGUCCCUGGUGCAGUGGUGUCGCACAUAUAUUAAUACCUUGAAUAUCAACUUGUCUUCCUUUUUUAAAAGGGCAUGGCAUACUCAAGUGGGCCUAGUUAAUGAUAACAGCGAUGCUUAGGUCCCACACUAAGGUAGAAUAAUCUCAGGCUCUUCCAUUUGGAACAGAUGUUUGUUUGAGAUGCUGGCUAGUGCAAACCAUUACGAAUGUUCACCAGAACCUUCUAAAAUCUGACAAUAGCUUUUCUAGGAUGCAGCUAAAAUAAAUGUUUUGUAUGUAAUGAUUGGACAAAUGCAUGUAGAUCUGAAUCUGCAGCACUUCCUGUUUUUAUCUCUUGUAGAAUGCUUUCUUUCAAACAGUAAUAAGUUUUUGUGACUUAAUAAGCGAGUUCCAAGUUAACCUCACCAUCUUCCUCAUCUGAUGGGCAUGACCCUAGUGCAAGUAUUGACUAUCAGCCAGGGACUAACCCGUCAUCACUGACCCAUGUGUGUGAUUGGUAUAAAGAAAUGCAAAGUAAUGUUAGCAUAACUUCUCAUACAGCACUGCUUGUUCACUGCAAAUCUAGAUUUUAGUUCUAUGUUAGCUGUAAUGUUUUAUUUCCUAAACUGUUUUUUACUCCCUUAUAGGUAUAGCAAUAAAGUUAUUUUUUAGGUAGCAAAAGGUGAUUAUUUUUUUCUGCCUGAAAAUACAAUGGUGCAUUGGAAACGUCUGGCAAUAUUUUUAUCUGACUUGUUUCUGACUUCCCUUUCACAUUACAUGGAACUGCUAAUCCUCAAACGACUGAAUGAUAUCUUACACUGUUCUUUGAAAGAAAAGUCAUUGUAUCAAAUAGAACUGUCUGUGCACAUCCUGAGUGUUUAAAGAUUUUAAGUACUUUUUCAGAGGAAAUCUGGCCUUUCUUACGUUUUUAUUUAGAAGUAUUACAGUUUAUUGCCUCAACUGCCCAGAUGAAGCAGGAAAUGAUAUGUACUAAUGCUUGUGAAAGGACCAUGGCAUGACUUUUACCUCCUUGGCUGUGGCUGUAAUAUGUACAAUUACUGACACGGGGCAUGAAAGUGUAACAGUAAUCUUGAAAAUACUCCUAAUUGUUUUUUAAUGUAAUCUUGGAAGAGAUUUUAUCUCUGGAGAAUUAGCCAGGUGUUAUGUGUUUUUUAUCUGAAUAUAAGAUUUCAACAAGACAACCUUGAAUGCUUUUAUUAGCAUUAAAGAAAGCAUUCUUCACUUCUUCA